UGUCUUGCCUGCACAGGACAGAGGGGGAGUACUGCUGGGUCAAAAAUACAACAGGAGCUGCAAAUCAGAGAACUCAGCAGACCUGCGCAACUUUUCUAACAAGCACAGUUUGGGGUUGUUGUUGUUUUAUAUAUAUAUAUAUAUACACAGAUAUAUAUAUAUAUACUACUUUUUCCUGUUGUUGUUUUUUUUUUUUUUUUUUUUUUUUGGGUCGCUGCAAAAAUGACCACAGCCGUGGUGUCGCCUUUCUUCGACUUCGAAGUAAUGAACAAGAACAACAAACUGCUCAGCUACAACAACAACCUGGGUGCUCCCCAUCCCAUGUCUGUCCCUUGCACUGGCACCAAUGUGCCCCUCUCCAGCCCCACCGGAGCCCUGCUGGACAGGAAGGCGGUGGGAUCUCCCUCCGUGGGAGGCGUGUACCAGCGGCGGCACUCUGUCAGCAGCACAAAGUUCAGCCAGAACCAGUUUCUGAACAGCCUGAAGGCAGCGGACCACUCCUCACUCAUCUCAGGUGUUGGCAACGCCAGCAACAACAAGGAGAACCGCCUGCGAGACCGCUCCUUCUCUGAGACUGGCGAGAGGCUCCUCAACAAGUGCCUGGGCCCCGCCAGUCCCACCAGCGGUCAAGUGAACUCCAGCCGUUACAAGACGGAGCUUUGCAGGCCCUUCGAGGAGAACGGUUCCUGCAAGUACGGCGACAAAUGCCAGUUUGCUCACGGAAUCCAUGAACUGCGCAGCCUGAGCCGCCAUCCCAAAUACAAAACUGAGCUGUGCCGCACCUUCCACACCAUCGGAUUCUGCCCGUACGGGCCUCGCUGCCAUUUCAUCCACAAUGCCGAGGAGCGUCGUGGACCUCCCCAGCAGUCCUCCCCUCUUAACUCUUCCAACAAGAUGGAAAGGCCUCGACUGCAGCACAGCUACAGCUUCGCGGGCUUCUCCAGCUCAGCUGGGCUGAGGGACAGCCCCACCUCCGUCACCCCUCCACCCAUGUUCUUCCCCGAUGAGGUCCCUGACUGGCCCAGCAGUAACCCCUUCACCUACUCCAGCCAGGAGCUGGCCAACCUGUUUGGGCCCAGCCUCAGUGCCGGUCCUGUAGGCACAGAGCCCAACACCCCUGCACCCCCCUCUCCAACGCCUUACUAUUUCAGACCCAUGUUGGAGUCCCCUCAGAUGUUCGAGUCUCCCUCCAGCCCUCCCGACUCUCUGUCAGACCAAGAGGGCUACCAGAGCAGCUCUGGAGGCAGCCUGAGUGGCUCUGAGUCCCCCACGCUGGACACCACCCGCCGCCUCCCUAUCUUCAGCCGCCUCUCCAUCUCUGAUGAUUAGACUGCACGUAUCCACCAGUGACUUAAAGUUCGAUGACGCAAAGAGAACACGGCACUCCCCUCUACCUCUGCCCCCCAGUUGUCCUGAAGCUUCCCCCGUCUUCCCUUUACACAAGACACCGUGUUUAGUUCCACGUUAGCAUUGUAAGGAUGUAGUCAAUUAAGGGAACUGUCAACUCAAAUGAUCAUUUCACCCCUGCCUGUCCGCACAGCGAGAUUUAAAAAUAACGUACCCUGCCAUGUGUCAUAGUGCCAAAAAAAGGAGAGGAAAUUGAACAAUGAAAAUCAUGAGAACAAGAAUUGACUGUUUUGCCAGGUGCCACUUGUUUAUUUUUUAUUUUUCUUUUCUUUCUUCUUCAUUUUGUUCUUUGAAUGUGUAGCAGCACAAGUGGCCUUGGAAAGGGGAGUGCAUUGCACUAUCCCCCCACCCCCCUUCUUCCCUCCCUCUUCCACCCACCCGCCCCCCUUUUCCUGACGAUACCACUUCCCCUGAGCUAGCUAGAGGGUGCUCACUAACGUAACUGUAGAUCUACCGCAGCCGUUUUUUUUUUUUUACAGACUGAGUUUAAGGAAAAAAAUUAAUAAAAAUAAAGACCCUGAAAAGAUAUGAAUAGUUUUUAAAAAAGAGGAAAAAAAAGUGCCUGGGGCGGUUUCUGCAUGUGUUUAAGGGUGAAUGGACUACUGUUUGUUGUUUUUGGUUCUUUCUCAUUUGCCCCCUCCCCUUGUCACGGUUCUUCUCAAGCCUCGUCUUAUGUAAUUGUGGACUGGGUGAGUCUGCAGGAAGGACUUUGAACUGGAAGUUGGUUGUGUUCCCCUCCUCCACCUCCUCCUGAGUUUUCUCCUCCUGUUGCUGGUCACUGGCUCUGGUUUUUUUUUUUGUUGUUGGGAAGGAAGUCUUGAUAUCAAACUGAUCAUUAAACCUGUAAGACUUUGUCCCGCCUCUCAACCCCGCCUCCCUCCCUUCAUCCCGGACGGUCUGGGGAAUUCCAGCAUUCCCAUGGUGCAGUUGUACAUCCUGCAACUUGAGAAGAUCUCCAAGCUAUUUUACUUUACUUCUCCCCCCUCCCCACCUCCACUUUAGUACCUGCUCCAAUGAGCACUCUGUACUCAUUACAUCCUCUUUUUUUUUUUUUGCUUUCUUUAUUUGAUAAUUAUUUUUUAUUAAUGUUAUUAUUACGGUUUAUUAUUGUUUGAAAAAACUUUGCAGACAGAAGGUUUGCUUGUCACUGCUUAUUUAACUUAUCAGAACAUAUUUAUUGGUGAUCAUAUGCAUUUUUUUGUUAAUUUUGUUUUGUAUUUAUCUGGAUAAUGAACAAUAGAAUAUAUUUUCUUUUAUGUUAAAUUAUGAUCUUCCAUAUUAAUCUAAAGAUUGUGAAGACGUUUUUGUCAGUUUUCCUUUUUUUUCACAGUUAAUAUAUUGUACUUCAAUGACUUUUUGUUCUGCAACUACACUUUGUCAAAAUGAAACUUAAUUUAAAGCAAAAAAAAAAAUGCAAAAAAGACGUUUUGCGUUUUGAUUAUUUAUUGUACUUUAUUUUUUUCUUACUCCCUCUUAUUGGACUGCAAUUCCAUCUAAACUAGAUUUGCUUGUAUUCAUUCCUGAUGGGUUUUUUUCCCUCCCCCCUCGCUCUCUCUUCUUCACAUCACAAUAAUCCUGACAGUAACAGUAGCUAACUGUUAUUACAUUAAUUCAACCCUGUGCUAAAAGACCCUUCUCACAUCACCGGUUUCAGGAGGGUCUCCCAAGUUAGAAGACAAUGUUGAUGACGAAAGGGGGGGUCUUCUGUCAGUAACGUUCUUACACCCAGUCUGUUAUUACAAGCAAUAGCUGUGACCAAAUGGGUUGAGGAAAGUUUCUUUUCUUUUUUUAAAUUGAUUGGAUGCUUGAUGCACUUGCUUGCCCCCCCGCCGCCACACACCCCUCUCUCGACCAUUGGAAGUGCCUCAUCGAAUACAUUCCAGGUAGCUAAGGCGUCUCUGCCUUUUUAUAUUUGAUAAUGGAGGACAGUUAAUUAUUAUUUUUUUGUUUUGUUUUAAAGUCACUUGUUCUGUGUUGCCUUCACGUGUUUUUGGAAGAGGUGAACAGAUUUUGACACAAAGAAAGUAAAAACAGUUGAAUGUAUUUUUUUCAGCCAUGUUUUUUUUCACUACAGUAAUUUUUUCUGUGAGUUUAUAUGAAAAAAACCUGUUUCUUGCCCCCUCUUUUUGUAAGUAUUGAUUGCAGUUAAGUCAAUAAACCCCAUAUUUUUUGAAAAGUUAAA